UGAGCUUCUUAAUUGUUAUAGAUGAUAUAGAUCACUUGGACCAGUUGAAUGCCUUAUUGGUUAGGGAUCUUUUGGUCAAUAAUUCUCGAAGUUUGAUAAUUGUCACAACCCGUGAUGAGAGAGUUCUGAUAAAAGCAGGAAUUAAUUCUUGCUAUAAGAUGAAAGAAAUGAAUGUCCAUCAUAGCACAGAGCUUUUCUGUUGUCACGCCUUCCACCAACCAUAUCCAACCAGGGGAUAUGAAGAUUUGGUUGAAAGCUUCGUGAAAGAGUGUGGGGGUUCGCCUCUGUCUCUGCAGGUGUUAGGUGGACUUGUUUUUGGUAGUACUGAUAAGCACUAUUGGAAACUAGUAUUGGAUAAAGUGAGAGAAACUCUACCCCAAGAUAUAAUGCAGACACUUAGAAUAAGCUUUGAUUCCCUUGAUGCUGAGCAAAAGCAGGUAUUUCUGGACGUUGCAUGCUUUUUCGUCAACAAAUCUCGUCAUAUGGCUUUAAGAAUAUGGGAAGCAUCAGGGUGGAGGGCUGAGCACACACUUCAGAUCUUAAUUGAUAAGUGUCUUGUUGAAGUUCAAGUGGGAAGGACUUACUGGAAUGGAUUUGACUCCGAAAACAUUCCUCUUCUGAGAAUGCAUAACCACAUCCAGGAUCUUGGCAGAAAAAUUGCAGCUGAAUCGAGCAGUCCUGGUCGACUAUGGCGUUGGCACCAUCUUCGUUCUCAGGAAGAAAAGGGAUUCGAGAACAUACUUGGUGGGAUCAAUGGUCGUAGUUUCAGGUGUCUCAAUUCCAUUUUUGACCAGCAAAGCGCUCUUCAAUUCAGAUAUUUUUUAGGUAGUUUAAAUGAUUGUGAGGGUCCAACAACUGCUUUGCUGUGGCUUGAACUUGACUUAAGUAUGUUGGAAAAGCUGGAUGAGCAUGAAAAUAUUGAAAGGGAAGAAGUUUUGUCAAACAUGCCUUCCUCACUGACUAUUCCUUCAUGGAUUCCUCUCCAAAGUUUGCACUAUUUAAAAAUUUCCCAUGGAUGUCUCCGAAGUUUAUGGCAGAGUAAUCAUCAGGCCCCUUCGCGGUUAAAAGAGCUUGUGCUUGACGGAACAAACUUGGAAGAGUUUCCAAAUUCAUUGGGAAUGUUGAGUCAUUUAGAAAAUUUAGUCCUAGCAGGAAAAGAAGAAUGGAACGGAACAGAAUGGAAUAGUUCCAUGAAAAUUGACGGGAUAUUCUUCUCAAACUCUCUCAGAAAACUCACUAAUCUUAAAAGUUUGGUUUUGAGGGAUUUCACAUUACGUGGGGAAUUGAGUUUCGAGACUAGCAUGGAGCCUCGAAUUGUAAGCAUUGAAAAGAUAGAUAUAAGGAAUGUAAAACUUAUGUCUAAGGUUUCAAUUAGUGGACAUUACCUCGUCAGCAUUAAAUCUCUCCAUCUUGAAUCCUUGGAAAGUUUAUUCCAAGUGGACUUAAGAAUCGCAGCCACACGGGAUUAUUUUAAGGAUGGAAAAUCAAACACAAGAGUAGAAGAGUUGCCAUGUUCCUCAUGUCUAUGCUGCUUAGAGAGAAUCACCAUUGAUGGAUGUUCGAAGUUGCAAAAGAUCAAAGGUAUUGAAGAGUUGCAAGGACUGAAAUAUCUACAUCUUUCAGCUGGCACUGUAGCUAUAUGGGGAUGCAUUCAAAUGUGGCAGAGAAUACCGUCAGGAGUUAGUAGUUGUAUUUGGGAAUCAAAUGUUGAUGUGGAGAGCAUUCUACAGCAAUUCAAUGUGUUAUCUUCGUUUGUUGGGCGAGAUGGCACAGUUACUGAAAUUCUUAGUGAUUCCAAGACAGAGUUAGUGGUUCCUGUGACAGAACAAACUAGUGCAAUUAUCAUACUUAUGUUAGUCGAAAGUGUAUUUAAAGGGAAAGAUUGCCGAAAAAAUUUGAAGAUUCCUCUUAUGGACGGGAUGGUGGCUUAUAUAGGAAGAGGGAUAUAUAUUGCUGCUGUUGUAGUCACUGACAAAGAAAAAAUAAUCAAGAUGCGAUAUGGGAUAUCCAAUUGGAUUCCGAUAGUGUCAGAUGGUACAGUAAGAAAGGGCUUUAUAGUAACCAUCGAAAAAAGAGGCGAAUGGAAAACCCUACGAUUACUUCAACAACUUUGUCCUCAGGAAGAAAAAGAUUUGCAUAGAGAACACAUGUUUGAAAAAGCUGUCACUGGCAGUUAUUUGGGAAAGCUGAGUCGCUUUGUGAUUCCCCAAUAUCAAGCGGAGAAAUAUUUUCCUCUGGAUACAAAUACAAAAGAUAGAGGAGUAUUGCUCACAUUCCAAGAUAGAGCGGGGAAAGAAUGGCGGUUUCGGUAUUCCUACUGGAGAAGGAAGCAGAGCUAUGUAUUCACCCAGGGCUGGAAAAACUUCGUCAUUGCCAUUAAACCUCAACCAGGGGACAUCGUUUCCUUCGACAGAACCGUCGAUGCCCAAAAUGUAGAACGGCUUUACAUUAGCUGCAGGCGGCUUCCCUUAAUAGGGCGGAACCAUUUGAAUCGCCGGCAAUUUCUACUUAAAAAAGACUCCUUUCUGAAGGCACAGCACAAUGGAUUUCUUUCACCUCUUUGCAUAACAGAUGUCAUGCCAAUGGCUGCCACUGCCACCGAGUUGACUGAGCAAAAGAAUGCCUGCACGCCUACAGAUGUUGCUCAGCCGAUGAGUGUGGACAUAGGUGUAGAAGACUGAAAUUGGGAAACAGGGCCUCUGCAAUUUAUGAAGCUCUAAAUGCAGUGCCCACGGUCUCAGAAACGAAGGUUUCUUAAAAUUUCUUAGUGCACAAU